GUCACCUCUCCUCAACGUUCCUAGAUUUGACAUUGUCUGGAGCUUUCGCCCCGAUUACAUGCAUGCUGUGUUGCUUGGAGUUGUACGCCAAGUCACAGAACUGUGGUUUUCAGACACGGGAAGGGCAUGCUAUAUUGGGUCUCUUCGGACAUUAAUGGAAGCAGAUGAGCAUCUCCUAAGCCAGAGACCUCCUAUGUGCUUUAAUAGAACACCGAGAUCUCUUAAGCUUCGAAAGUAUUGGAAGGCAUCUGAGUGGGAGUCUUGGCUCCUCUUCUACAGCCUCCCAUGUCUGAAAGGCAUCCUGCCAGCUCAGUUUUUGGAGCACUUUGCUCUGCUGGUGUCUUCAGUGUAUACCUUGUUAAAGAGUCAUGUGACAUCACAGGAAAUUGAUGACUGUGCAUUAGAAAUAACAAGGUUUGUUGUCAUGGCCGAAUGUAAUUAUGGGAAAGCACAGAUGACUUCUAAUAUGCACACACUGCUGCAUUUGCCAAAGGGUGUGCUAUUGCAUGGACCACUUUGGGCUAUCUCAUGCUUCGAAUUCGAAAGCAAUAUGGGCAACCUAGUGAGACUCGUGUCAUCAUCAAAUGGUAUCCCUUUUCAUAUCUUGUCGCGAAUUCUCCUAAUGAGCAAUUUUAAUCAGCUUCUAUCUAUGGCGUCGGAAGAAGUUAAGGAACUUUGUUUGCACACACGAAAAAAGGAGCACAUGGGAGUAAAACUUCUUGGAAGACCCCAAGUGCCUUCACAUGACUUAAUGGAAUUUGUAAACGGCAACAUCCCUGGUGUGGAAAGGAUUGAAGAGUAUAGCCGCGUCUGUGUGAAUGGAAGCAUCAUGCACAGUGAAAACUACAAUCCAGGGUUAAGAAAAAGGGACUCAACCGCAGUGAAAUUAGGAGAUGACUAUGUGAAAAUAGAGAACAUGUCAAUGUUUGUAAGGUCAAUGGAAGCUCUGACAUUUUCAUCGUCUCUCACAUCUACCAAGUGAAGAGCUUUGAAGGAGUAAGCCACUUAAAGUAGCACAUAAAUGUAAUUCAAAAGCUAUUCAUCCAGUUUCAAGGAAUCUUCGUCCAUGCAUCUAUCUUGAUUUGAAUGGGACAAAGUUUUUUGCGGAGUUGUGCAACCGCUACGGAUCAUUUUAGUCAAACAGUCAU